AUGGCCACGUCUGCUUUAGCAACACUGAUUCUGCUGUCUCUGGCCUCAGCACAGAACCAGUGUCAUCACACUCCGAUAUAUCUCGACUUUCAUGAUCGGAGGGUCGACUCUGACAGAAGUUUUCAGUAUGGCCUCUUUGCGGGCGUGGGUACACCUUCUCAAAACCUAUCCCAGUGGCCCUCGGUGUCACAUAACGAGAUGACCAUUGCCGGUCCAGACUAUUGCACCGACAGUCCUUUUGAGGAUUGCAUCAACCGAGCUCAUGGAAUCUACGACCCUCUAGCCUCCGAUGAUCAUCGUCCUCACGAUUCAUACCAAUCUCUUGACAAUGCUUUAGAAAUUACAAAUGCUACUGUCAUCAACCAGACAACCGACACCUACAAUCUCUUUGUCCACUACUACGACCCAUCCCCACCUACUGUAACUCAUGUUCCUGACGUCCCCAUUACAGUAUUGUCAAAUUAUACAUCUGAUCAAUCACCGUGGUUUGGCCCUGCUGGUCUUUUCGCCCUGGGCCCUUCUUCCACCAUCUUAAGUCGCCUCCUCGAUUUGGACCUAAUCGCGACCCGCUCGUAUGGCUUGUAUAUGGGGACCUACUAUGAACCCGUAAAUGGCCUCAUCAAUGGCUCCCUCACUCUUGGUGGCUGGGAUUCUGGUCGAUUUGAAGGCCAGCCCUUCUCUCACCAAAUUUCAGAUCCAAACCCAGAUUUUGAUAAUUCUCCUCUGAGAGUCACAAUCUCUCGGAUGACUUUGACAGAUAGCAACGGAGACGAGGCUCAACUCCUCCAACAGUCACAGUCUCUCGAUGCCUAUCUCACCACCAGCCAACACGAGAUCAAUCUCCCUGAGUCGAUCCUUGAUCGCUUCGUCCAGGAGACCAAUGCCGAUGAUUCGGGAAACGUCUACAGCCUCCCUCAAGACUUCAACUCAACUCUGACCAUCUCAUUCAGCUCAGGAUUGAAUCUGACCUUUGAAUCUGAAUGGCUCAGGAAUGUCAGCAACAACUCUCCUAUUUCAACCACUGUUUCAGGCAAUAGGACGACGUCUGAUUCCGAGAGCAGUUCGCUUGCCUUUCUCGGUUCCGCUUUCUUCACACAUGUUUAUUUGAUGGUCAAUUAUGACGCACCAACACCCACCUUCUAUCUUGCUUCCGCCCUUCCCCAUGCUCCCUACGUUAUGACCACCCCUUUCUGUACCGACACUGUUCCCACACCAGCACCUCCCACCGAUAUCUCCAGCUUCGCUGCUAAUGGAAUUGCCGGUGCAGUCAUUGGUGGUGUAAUUGGAGGAAUUGGCUUGACAUUCUUCAUCUGGUGGCUAGCUCGAAUAUGCAUGCAGCGCCAAUCAUGGCGUGCUCACCAUCGAGAGUCCAUAAAAGGCAAAGGCGUCCAAGGUGGCAACGUUCCAAUCUCAGCUUUCCCUUCGAGUCCCAAAUCAUUUCAUUCGUCCACAACUGUCGGAGACAAUGUCGUCGACAAUGAAAUGCAAAUUGACGAACGAACCCGGGAUGAUAGCAACGAGAUGCAAUCCUUCGCCGCCUUGAAUUUCAACAACGGCUUUCCCUCUGGAUACUCCGACGUUCCGCCUUCCUCGAUGCAAAGUUUUGCUCCAAAUCACGCCCAGUAUCAAGGUCGCACGGAUUCACCGGGCAGUGUACUGUCUGAAGGUUAUGCCCGACUCGGGACUGAGGUCAAACCCAACGUAGUCCAAGUCCAAGCGCAUCAUCACAGCGCAAAGCCUUGGACGGCCAUUGUCCACGAUGCCAAUCAUAGUGCUGGAUGCAUGACUCCCGUCACUCCACUCACAACUGAGCCUUACUUCCAUAGCUCAUCUUCUAAUCCUCACGCAGUUCCAGCAUCACGACACAACGUGAACAUUGAUGACUUGGUCAGUCCCAUCUCUCCACCAGGUCGUCCGAUGGCCGAUACGACGUUUUAUCAGACACCCCAUUCCCCCCAUGUGGAUACUGAGUUUGCGCCUCCACCCAGGAGUGAGAACAGGUAG